AUGGCCUCUGCCCCUCUUCGCGUCGGCUACGUCCCCGAGCACUUUUCCACCCCGAUACACUUCGCCAGCAAGCACUUUGGCCUUGAUGCCCAGCUUAUCCCCUUCCCCUCUGGCACUGGCCACAUGAUCACCGCCCUUCGUUCCAACGAGAUCGAUGUCGGCAUUGGCCUGACCGAGGGGUGGGUCGCCGGCCUGGGCAAGGAGGACGUCAGCGGGGAUGGCGGUUAUCGCCUGGUGGGGACCUACGUCGAGACGCCCUUGUGCUGGGCGGUGUCUACAGGAGCUAAACGACCCGAGAUAUCCAGCAUCGAUGCCCUCAACGGCCGGAAGAUUGGCAUCUCCCGCCUGGGCUCCGGCUCCUACGUGAUGGGCUUCGUCCUCGCCGACCAACAAGGGUGGCUGUCGCAGAAACCCGCCGAAUCCUCCUCGUCCUCGUCCUCGUCUCCCUCCGCUCCGUACUCCGACUUCGUCAUCCUCAACACCUUCGAGAAACUGCGGAAAGCAGUCAACUCCGGCGAGGCAGACUUCUUCAUGUGGGAGCACUUCACAUCGAAGCGAUACUACGACUCUGGCGAGAUCCGCAAGGUCGGCGAGAUAUACACACCCUGGAGCAGCUGGAAGAUUGUGGCUAGCACCAAGCUGGUCCGCGACGGCCAGCUUGAUCUCAGGCUGCACAACCUAUUCGAGAAGCUUGACAAGGGCAUCAAGCACUUCAACGACAACAAAGAGGAGGCCGUCAAGUACAUCAGCACAGAGCUGGAUUACUCCGAGGAGGAUGCGAGGGAGUGGCUCAAGACGGUCAGGUUUCCCACCAGCACCGAGGGCGUGGACGUGAACGUCGUGGAGAACACGGUGGCCACCCUCCGCAAAGCAGGCGUGCUCACUGCUGGGAAAGGCAUGGAGCCAUCGCCCAUGGUAGCCAAGCAGCGAUGA